AUGCCGUUCACCAAUAGAAGGAAGCUGCAUCUCACGGCACCCAUGGUAGACGGUACUAGAGUCGGUCACACAACAGAAGUGAAAUACCUCGGAGCACUUCACACCUGCCGCAGGCUCUUCGGCAGGAAUUGGGGCCCUCUAACGCCAAAUAUGAUCCACUGGUCAUACACUGCCAUAAUCAGACCCAUGGUCACCUAUGCUGCCGUGGUAUGGUUGCCUAAAACUAAACAGAGGACGGCGCAGCAACAACUGCAAAAGAUACAGAGGCUUGCCUGCCUUAGUAUCACGGGAGCUAUAAAAACCUGCCCGACAGCAGCCACGGAGGCCCUACUGGACGUGCUCCCCCUCCAUCUACAGUCGAACCGGCCAUAUGAGUAUCCUCAUGACGGAAGAUUUGAACGACAUAGCUCUACUCCCUACGGACUCGAUGAAGAUCAUAUUCAACCUCGAGCACAACUACGAAGCUGUCUAUACAGACAGAGGGACGUGGGCAUGGGAAGGGCCCCUUUCAAAAGGGAUGCGCUACAGUGGUAUACCGACGGAUCCAAAGCAGCCACAGGAAAUGUGGGAGUCGACAUCAGCGGGCCCAAUUGCCGCUUAUCGAUCUCCCUGGGCAAGACGCCUUCUGUCUUCCAAGCAGAAGUGUACGCUAUCAACUCCUGCGUCUCUAUCAACCUGAACAAAGAUCUGAAAGGCGCAACCUUAGAUAUCCUAACAGAUAGCCGAGCAGCGCUAAGGGCCCACACGUGCGACUCUUUUCUGGUCUGGGACUGCAUUACUAACCUCAUGCACCUGGCCGGAGACAAUCAAGUCACACUGUGGUGGAUCCCUCGUUAUGAGGGCAUCAAAGGCAAUGUAGAGGCAGACAAACUUGCCAAAAAAGGAGCGAGCACGCUCCCUAUAGGGCCGGAGCCCUGGUGUGGAGUGACUGCCAGCUACAUCAAAAAACUAAUACGUAACUGGGAAGAGAGGCAAAAGUCCUCUUACUGUAGCGGCACGACAGGGCUUGCCCAAGCCAAGAAAUUUAUUUUAUAUACGCCGCAAAUAACUAGGGACGCACUGUCCUUAACCAAAGGGGACCUAGCUAUCCUCGUAGGCCUACUUUCAGGACACUGCCAACACAGAUACUACCUCAGCAUAAUCGGCAAGGCUGAGGACGAUGGAUGCCGAUUCUGUAUGGAGUCGGCCAAGAUAGCUGAACAUAUAAUGUACAGCUGCCCGGCCAUCGGCCACCUCAGACAGAAAUUCAUGGAAGAGUCACUCGUUACUCCUGAUCAAAUUAGGGUUCUUGAGCCUAGGCAGGUCGCGUGGCAUUCUACAAGAGCUUCGACCUGGUCCGAACCUGAGUAA